AUGAAUUCUGAAACUGUGAGUAACCUUGUUACCACUGGAGUUGGUUCUGAGGCUGCUCCAGUCGAGGUUGAUGAACCUAGUUCGAAAAGGUUGAGACCAGCAACCUCUGAUGUUUGGAAUUUUUUCAAAAAGCUCGGUCCAGAUAAGGAUGGAGUAGAACGUGCUGAGUGUAAAGGAUGCAAGAAAGUGUUUAAAGCUGGAGGUAAGCGAUAUGGCACUUCUACUAUAAAACAGCAUCUUGAUAGUUGUACUCAAAUUAAGUAUGAAGAUAUUGGUCAGACUAUAGCAGAAUUGCAACUUAAAAUGGGUUCACUGAAGAUUGAUUUAGGAGUGGCUAGAGAUAUGUUUGCUGGGUAUGUAGUUGCUGGGGAUAAGCCUUUUAAUAUGGUUGAUGAUAGGAGAUUUAGAAAUUGGGUGAAAUAUAUUAGUCCAACUUUGAAACUUCCUUCUAGGAAUACGGUUAAGGAUGACAUAGUGAAAGUUCACAAGAGAGAAGCUGCGAAACUUAAAAAAAUUUUAGUUUCAGUUCCAAAUAGAAUUUGCUUAACAUCUGAUCUUUGGACUUCCAGUACCAAUGAGGGGUUUAUAUGUUUGACUGCACAUUUUGUUGAUGAGAACUGGAAAUUACUGAGUAAAAUUCUCAAUUUUUGUCAUAUGCCUCCUCCUCACACAGGAUUUGAAUUGUCUUCUAAAAUCUUUACGCUUUUGACUGAGUGGAAAGUUGAUAAAAAGAUUUUUUCCAUUACUUUGGAUAAUGCUUCUUCUAAUGAUACUUGUGUUGAACACUUGAAAAGUACUUUGGAUGUGCAUGGUUCAUUGUUGUGUGGUGGUGAAUUCUUUCAUGUUCGUUGCUCUGCUCAUAUUUUAAAUCUUAUUGUCCAAGAUGAAAUGAAAAUAUGUGGUGAUGCAGUGUAUAAGAUUAGAGAAUCUAUUAAGUAUCUGAGAAAAUCUGAAAGUCGAAUGGUUAAGUUUAAAGAAUGUUUUGAAGAUAUUGAGGGACUUGAGUAUACGACUGCAUUAUGUUUAGAUGUUCCUACUAGGUGGAAUUCACUUUAUGCAAUGCUUGCAAGUGCUAUUCCUUAUAAGAAAGCUUUUGAAAUGUAUAAAGUAAAAGAAGCUGGGUUUAGGGAGUAUUGUCCUUCAUCAGAUGAGUGGAGAAGAACUGAAAAGAUAUGUGAUUUCUUGUUACCAUUUUACGAAACUACCAAGUUGAUGUCUGGAACUUCUUACCCAACAUCCAACUUGUAUUUUUUACAAGUUUGGCAAAUCCAGCUGAUUUUAAUGAAUAGUUUGAAGAAUGAUGAAGUGCUUAUAAGGAACAUGGGAGAAAAAAUGAUGAUUAAGUUCAAUAAAUAUUGGGAAGAAUACAGUGUUGUUCUUGCAUUUAGGGUAGUUCUUGAUCCUAGAUUUAAACUCAACACUUUGGUUCAUUGCUAUAAUGAGAUUGAUCCUAUUAGUGCUAAAGACAAAGUGGAGCUUGUGAAGAGUAAGUUAUACAAGAUUUUUGAGGUUUAUGAUCAAAAUUUCUCUACAACUGUAGAGAGUUCUUCCCAACUUUCAAGAUUUGAUGUCCCGUAA